GCAUGUAACAUGGACUUCCAAACAGAACAAGGCUUCACUUUCGUUGAAAGUGCAACGAGGCUUUAGUAGCUUCAGCCGCAGCUGUCUUCAUCGGUGGCGUCGAAAUGCUCUCCGCCGCCACUUACGUUCAAACGUAGGUUCUGUCCAUCAGGAUUUAGUACUCCAUUCUACGGUUGUCACAUGGAAAUCUCGUUCCUGCGUGGGGGUCCGAAUACUAUAUUCACUGGCUUUAAUGGUAGCCGCCUCGAGUAUAAAUACCCUAAUCCUAGGUUGCCCCUUCUCCAGUAUCCAGCUAUCAACUGGUUGCGCCUGAACCCCACUUCAAUUCCUCAACAUCAUCUACUUCAUCCAUUCACCAUGUCUGAGUCCCAAAUCGAUAUCAUCCUUAAGGAAGAGAAUUUCGAGAAGUUCUUCGAGGAGAGCCUCAAGCUCAAACCCGAGGACCCUGAAUUCGUCCGCCAAGUCAAAGAGGUGCAACGCGUCGAUACCGAAAUAGCCGCUCUAGCUCAAUAUGAUGCUGAAGCGUUCAACGUCGAUAACACCCUCAAGAUCGUGGGUAGUUCCAUCGAUGGUACCCUCGGGAUCCGAAUCGGCAGCAUCGUAGGGAGAGGGAGGACCCAUAGGACGGGUUCCGGGACUUUUCACGGCAAUAGACUCGCCCCCAAUGUUAGGGGUGGGACCUUUAAGCUAUGGCUCACAGCGAACACGGCCAGGCUGGAGCUCUUCUCCAACGCAGGGGAUCGCGUUGACGAGUUUAUAGGUGUUGGUCAUCAGAUGGGUCUGGAUACCUCCAGUAACAACCCUUGGGAGGGUACUUGGUAGGGACGGCACCCCAAUGGCUCGGCUGGCCGCGGUGGAAUGUAGU